GAACGGGCCCCGCCUCGGAGGACGUGGCCACGCUGGAGAGGGCGCUGGCGGCAUCCCCCGACGCGGAGGGGGACCUGCUGUGCGGCGCGUGCGGGCACUUUGUCGCGCGCCUGCGGCACAACGAGGGCAGCGGCAGGUACAUGUCGGGGCGGGUUUCCUAUUCCACAUCGGCGUGUUCUCUCGGGCCGAGGGCGCGCUGCCUCUGGGCGCGGCGUACGCCGAGGGAUCGUGGUUCCCCGGCUACACGUGGCGGAUGGGUCACUGCGUUUCGUGCGGCGCGCACCUGGGCUGGUCGUACCAGGGAGCUGGGGACAUCCCGGCCCCCGCCAACGGGGCCGCUCCCCCCGCGCUUUGGGGUCUGA